AGAGUGUAAGUCAACCCUCACGCAGUGUCUACGUCUACAAUAGCAGUACAAAUUUCAUCUACCCCGCUAUUCUGUAGCAUAAGUCCACAACAACCACAAAUUACAGUAUGACUUUCUACGCCCGGCGACUUCUACAACGAGCUUCUAACCCUAUGUACUCGCUUUCAUCAAUCUUUGUGUCCUUGAAGUAGAUACUUCUUUAUUCUUUAGGCCUGCUCACUGCUCUCAUGCAAACAAUGUUCUCCACUAAACUGUCUUAGCACGACAUUGUCAUGGUAAAGAAGAUGGCAGUGGCUGCUUCGCAGCCGAACGCAGCAGCGGCUACACCAGCCGCAACGUUCCCUCCACCUCCCCCCGCUUCCACCUACGAUGCCCCGGUUACGAAAUAUCACCCAAAAGUCGCAAUCGUCACGAGCGGAACCCGGGGAAUCGGCUUUGAGCUGGUUUCCUACCUGUUGGAAGCACGGUAUACCGAGGAUGAGCUGGAGCAAAAAGUGAAGCAGGUGGUGCCAAGGAGAGGCGGGGAUGUUGAAAUAGAAGCAGCUUUUUCGUCUGCAGCGGGGGAAGAGCAGCUCGUUUUUGAAGAUGAACACUUGAGCGCGAUUGAAGAGGAAGACGUGGAUAUGUUGGAUGUUGAGCUGCUGGAUGCCGAUAUGGUCAUAUCCCACGGAAAAAAAAACCAUUUCCCUCGUCCAAUUUGUCAUGCAAAAAAAUACGUAUGUUGAAAUAGAGCCUGCAUGAUUCGUCUUGCAAAGAAUGAAUGGGGAUGGUUUUUUUUUCUGUGGAUAGGUAAACGCGAAUGACGAGGACGACGACCUUCUGGUACAAGGAAGUCACGCCUUGAAGAAGAAGGGCCACGGAGCCAAGGAACUAUCGAAGUUGGCGAAGAUGAAUAAAGGCCCGCAACUGCAAGCAGCUGGUGUGGCUACUUCUAGCACUCGUUCCAUCGGCGGAGCCGCUGGGGCAGCUUCUACAAAGAAAAGGAAGAUGAAUGAGAAGGCCCCCGAGUCUGUGUCUGACAACGAGCGGAUCACAACUGUGAGUCGACUUUCCGCUGCGUCCUCCGACGGGAUGAAUGAUAAGGUUCAGCAGGGCGAGAAGAAAGCGAAAAAAGCCGCAAACGAACCUCCGACCCCGGCACGACUGGGUUCUAGCAAGGCGGCGCGCAAACGAAAAUCUCAAUUGUCGCUAGACAAAUCCCCUUCAUCCCAGAGAAGCUCCUCUCCUAGUGGUCCACCUUCCAGUCCGAGCAUGCUCUCCUCCUCCGAAUCUUCGGAAGAAGACAUGUCCGCAAAAUCCCCCUCCGCAGGAGCCUCCCCAACGGGUAAGAACAAGAAAACCAAACCUCCCUGCCCCUGCUGCGGGGAAGACUGCGGGAAGGACAAGCCGGUGAAGCUUUCUAACGUGCCCAUUUUUGACCGCAUCAUCGUCACAACCCUCACCGAGGAAGACGGGGUGCACUGUACGCAAUACAAAUUUCCCGCACGCACACAGACACACGACGUACGAAAUGCAUGACAAUCUUCGCUACCUUGUAGUGUCACACCUGUCAACAUGCCGAGUAAGAUUGAAUGCACGUUUUGCCAUGCAGAUGAAACAGUGCCUGGAUGAAUGUGUACGGGAAAUUUACUGUGGAUACACUGCGAAAAAAAGCUCCUGAAAGCCGAGUCCCUGACCCCCGAGGACCUCCAAUCUCACCGGUUUAUGCGGUUCGUGUUGGACAUCACCGACGCAAAGCAGCGAUAUCCUGAGUAAAAACGUCCCCACACCGGAGUCAAGAUGGGAAAUCUGCUAGACAAAUCAGACAGCUUUGGUCAUCUCGCAUGACAAGCCUGUCCUCGUAGUGUAAUCCUCUUUAGCUAGUUGCGAAGCAUCACAGAUCUAGUACAUCGCGCUGAUUCUAGCAUCACAAAUCCCAAAACGCGACUAGAGAAUGGCUCUCAUGGGGCUCCGCAUGAGAAACUUUUUUGGCAUCCCUCUUUGCAUGACAACGCUGGGGCGGGGACGUUUUUGCUCAGGAUAAGCGAAGCGAUUUCGUCACGUUCCUCGGGAAGCAGUUCUUUAACCUGGAGCGACUGACCUUUGAAGUGGACCGGAAUCGCUGGGACUACAAAAAGCACCGCUUGUACAUAUCAAAUGCAAAAGCAUCGUACUGGUAUAAAUCGCACGAUAAAUUUCCUCAGCAUGAGAAAUAAUAAUCUGUAAUGCGGAUUUAACUUGAGAAAGAAACUUGUAAUGCAUGACUGCGAUUACUACGAGCGCGAUACUUUUGCACAGGAUAGCACAAGGAUUACAACGAUUUGAAGCAGCGGAUGAUAUCAAAUGCAAAAAUGUCUGGGUGUGGAAGAUCGGAACUUGUGAUGCUAACUUUGGAGUCUAGAAAAAUCUGUAUUGCAUGACCAGCAAGAGGAGUCUAGUUUGUGCUACGCGGGGAGGGCGUUUGUCAUGCGGAAUAGGCAUCAGGAAGCCCUCUCAAAAUCUGUGAUGCGCGGUCGUGCACUACAGACAUCCUGCGUCAUGCAAAACAUGCAUGACAAAAUUCAGAAUCUUCCAGACCCAGACACUUUUACACUUCAUAGAUGAAGGAAGAUUACGAUAUGGACAUGGAAUGCUUUGACAGCGAAGACGAGGCGGACUUUAUCGACCGCCAGUGGGAGCCGGGCGGAUUUCGUGUGGAAAGAAGUCCUGCUAACCGGUCCUCGCGGAGUGCGCAGAUCAAGGGACCACUGUUGAGGUCGGUCGACAGCAUAUCACCAGAAAAAAGUGUUACAGUUACACAUUUGCUUGGAGUUUCUGCAUCACAAAUUUUCUGUGUGUGGCAGACAGAACUUGUAAUGCAAAGAUCAUAAAGGGAAAAUACGUAGGAAACGAGGCUCGCAAGCAUUUCCUGCACGACAAAAGUUGUCUCUCUUGCGGCUCCUGCAACACAAUGUGUAACUGUAACACUACUUUUUUCUUUGCAUACAGCACGCCGUUCUUGCGGCAUUUGCUACAGACGGAGGAUAUUUACGAGAUGGCCUUAUGAACUGCAAAAGUAUCGUACUACUUAGUAGUAAUUGCAAUACAAAUUAGCUCAGCGCGACAAAUGGAAUUUGUCAUGCUGUUUUGCCUUGGGAUGUUGGAGAUUUGUAAAUGCAUAACUGCGAUUACUACGAGUACGAUACUUUUGCACAGCAUAUGCCUUGGCGUUUGACAAAAUGCAGCUCGAGAAGUACCGCUUUGCGCGGGAUACCGUCUUGGGCAUCGUGCGGGACGAUGAAAGGAACAAGCCGAUGAAAGGGGAACAAAACAGUAACAGGGAGGAAACAGGAACGAGCACUUCGUUCUUGAGCUGCAAACAGCAAGACAAAUCGAAAUCCACUUCGUCUUCUGUAAACAACAAGAGCCUGAACAAACUGAACCCGGGAAGGGGCGCAAAAGCCGUGAUCAAUUUUGGAACAACGACAAGCAGCAAAGCAAACAAAAUCUCCGCCGCGGAGCAAAUCCGGCGCGAAAACCUAUUGAUAGACGCCGGCAUUCCGCUGAAACCGCCGAAACGAGCGGCUUCCCUGAUGGUACGGGAGUACAAAGAAGCGCGGGAGCGGGAGGAAAGGCAAGCCAGUUUGGCACGGAAUGGGGAAGUAGAUUAUUUGCAAGGCGUAAGCUUCGGGCGGAAUAAACAGGAAAUGACCGCGGAAGAGCACUUAUGCUGUGCAAAAGUAUCGUACUCGUAUAAAUGCAUCAGAAGUUUCCUCAGCAUGAGAAAUGAAAUUUGUAAUGCUGAUUUGCCUUGGGAACAAGAUUUGUGAUGCAAGACUUCCAUUUAUACGAGUACGAUACUUUUGCAGUUCAUAGCACUUCCUGACAAACAACAUUCUCGGCUCUGCGGAUUUCUUCCUGAUCAACAACGCGGGAGUGUUGAUUGACAAAUGGACGGCGGAGGCUAUGCAUUGCAAAAGUAUUUUGUACUAGUAUACUAUAAAUCGUACGACAAAUUUCCUCAGCGCGAAAAAUGGAAUUUGUAAUGCGGAUUUGACUUGAUAAAGAAUUUUGUAAUGCUGGUGCAUGACUACGAUUACUACGGUACGAGUACGAGGAUACUUUUGCAAUGCAUAGAGGCCUGCGAAAAGCAGUUGCUGGUAAACUGCGUGGGGCACUUGGAUUUGACGGAGAGGAUUUUGGAGCUAUUGUUCGAACCGGCGCACAUAUGAGAGUGCACAAUUCCUCGUCCCCCUCUUCAUUUGUAUGGCACAAACAGCAAUAUAAGCCUAAGCGUCAACAAGAAUGCAGGUUUUGCAUGACAACUUUGCACAAGAUUGUAGUGGUGCUAACAAGUACUUGGGCUGCCGAAACUUGUCAUGCGAACAGUGCCAAGAGGCAACUCGUGGGUUUGUUUUUUUCGCAUUACAAAUGAGGGGGAGGGGGACUUGUGCACCCUCAUAACACACCGUUCAGAUGGAAGAAGUGGCGAGUGACGAGCUUUUUUUGGGCCACAAUUAUAUAAAUGGAGUUGCAACUACUUCUACGUCAUCAAAAAUGACGAGCAGCAAAAUGAAAACUACAACCACAAGUGCGGGAGCCAGUCACGGUCUAUUUGCGCCGGACGAGCAAGGUAACGAUACUAGCGCCGAUGUUGAACUAUGAACUGCAAAAGUAUCGUACUCGUAUAAAUGCAUUACAAAUCUCCUCAGCAUGAGAAAUAAAAUUUGUAAUGCGAAUUUACCUCAAGAAAAACAUUUGUAAUGCAUCAUUGCAAUACGAGUGCGAUACUUUUGCACAGGAUAUGAAAAUUCUCCGAAAAUGCGCACCAAGAUGAAGCAGAAGAUGGUAACUUCCGCCCUGCUAUGCAUUGCAAAAAUGUCUGGGUCUGGAAGGUUGGAACUUGUGAUGCUAGUUUUGGACGCGAAAAAAAUCUGUAUUGCGUGACCAGCAAGAGGAGCCCAGGAGUCUAUGCUACGCGGGAAGGGCAUUUGUAAUGCGGGAUAGGCAUCAGGAAGACCUCUAAAGAUAUGCGAUGCUAGAUCAUGCAUUACAGACAUACUGAGUCAUGCAAAAUAUGCAUGACAAACCUGGCAACCUUCCAGACCCAGACACUUUUGCAUUUGAUACCUGCUUUCGCCGGAGGAGAAACAAAAGCAGGCGAAGAAGAACAACAGCAAGAAAGCACCAGGAACAACGUCUUCUGGUGCAUCAGCAUCAAAGGUCCUCCCGGUCCGGAAAGCAGACGCUUCGAUCAAGAAAACUGGCACAGCUGCAGGGAAGAAGAGCAAGGCCCCGGAAGUAGGAGCUGCUGCUGCGAAAGCUAAGGCAAAAGUGGUGGCAGGGAAGGGAAAUAAAGUUUCUAGUUGCACCAGCAACAAGAAAGCGAAAAUCAUCGAGUUAGACGACGAUAGUGCAAGCGAAGGAGGAUCUUAUCCGACUGAUGUGAAGCCCCCGUUAUUAACCUACCCCCACGCCGUCGCGCGGCCGACGGUUUCUCACCGCGCCCACUCCUUUCAGGUCGUUUGUGUCUCAGGCGGGUUUGGCCAGCUGCAGGAAAGCACGGUGGCGUACCGGCGGCAGCUAUUGUCUCUACCCUUUCAACUACCAGACGACAAUAACGACAGCGUUCUCGGGGCAUUUUUGGGAAAAAGGACGCAAGACUUGCUCUUGACCAGUCGGCUCCCGGUGCCGACAAACUGCUUGACCAGCACGGGUGGGGCGAAACUAGUGAACAACGAACUUUGUCAUGGGAUCACCGGAAUAGCAGCUGGAAGUGGUUCCAAUGCGAGCAGUCCGAAGCUGGUGAUGGGCAAAAAAGCCAGCGGCUCAACCUCUAGCAAUGCCAGUGUUUCGUCGAAAAAGGAGAACGAGAAGACCGCAUCGAAGUCGUCCGCUGGUGCAGCUGCACCGGUCGCGGCGGCGGUGGGCAAAAAGAAAAGCAGCAAUAAAAUACCUGCAAACACAGCUACGACAACGCUACUUGGAUCUUCUGCCGCAUAUGAAUGGCAAAAGUAUCGUACUCGUAUAAAUGCAUUACAAAUUUCCUCAGCGUGAGAGAUAGAAUUUGUAAUGCUGAUUUUUCUUAAGAGAAAGAUUUGUAAUGCAUGACUGCAGUACAAGUACGAUGCUUUUGCACAGGAUACCACAACGACCGCAACGAAUCCAAACGAAUUGAACGUUGAAAAAUUUGUCCCGAUCUCUAUCACAAGAAAAAAUUGUUACAGUUACACAUUGUGUUGCAGGCCAAGCAAGACAGACAAGCUUUGUCAUGCCGGAUAUGCAUAGGAGCCUCGUUUCAUGGGUGCUUUCCCGUAGGAUUUCUGCAUUACAAGUUUUCUCUCUCAUGCAGAGAAAUUUGUGUUGCUGAAUUCACUACAAAUGUGUAACUGUAACACUUUUCCCUUGGAUAAUCUCCGCACGUUGUUUACUACCGAGCAACAACCUUGUCAGGCCGACACCGCAGCCGAAGUGCUGCACUUGGUACGACUACGAUGAACAUUUGAAGGAAAGCUAUCGGAGGGAAAACAGGUUUGGAUCACGUCAAAUGCUUCUUGCGUGAAGCAGAGCUUUUGUCAGAAAAGUGAACGACUCUACUUUUGCAGUUUCAUCAUGAUCUCUUUUAAACAAAAAAAUCCGAAAGACGAGCUCUUCUACUUCUUCAGAUUUGUGGCUGCUCGAAGAUUCAAACCAUUUUCCUCCCGACACAAUCAGUGACUGUUCGGACGACGAGUUUAUGUUUGAUUUUUUUACUGGCAACAAGGUAGUACCAGCCGGUCGUCGACAUGAAAAAAACAAGAAGAGGCCAGAAGAUGAACCGAUCUCGUCGUCCUCGAGUGCGUUUUCAUCUGACUUUUCUUCCUCAUCAAACGACGACUUUUCCGAAUCCGAGGUUGACAAAAAUCACGUCGGGAACAAUCCUACUUCCGCAGCAGGAGCGGACAAAAACAAGAAGAUCAAGACUACUGCGAUGAAGAAAAACCUCAGCCUGAAAGCUGCAACAGCAGCCGCACCAGGAGCUCCAGUUUGUUCAACAUCUACUUCGACCAAAAAAACUACAGAGCUUACGGCCGCCCAGAGAAAGUCGCAAAAUCGGCGCGACAUGAUGAAGUGGGCGGAUAAGGGUUGCAUGGGCGAUAUUCGCAACAUCGACGGUACCACGGCGCGAAAGGGGACCGAGGAAAGCGAGCGAGAUAUCCUGUGCAAAAGUAUCGCACUCGUACUGAUUGCAGUUAUGCAUGACAAGUCUUUUGCUCAAAGUAAAUCAGCAUGACAAAUUCCAUUUCUCACGCUGAGCAAAUUUGUAAUGCGACCUCUUCCUCUACUAGUACGAUACUUUUGCAAUGCAUACGAGAGGAGACUUGGCGAAGGUCACUGAAAGAAAGACAAGAGAAGGAAAAAAUGAAGAACAAAAAAGGAGUCAAGAACAGCAAGGCUGUCACCUUCUACGGCGCAAAUUCCUCAUACUUCCAUUUUGACGACCCUAUGGGCGGACCCCGGAUAAACGCGAAUAAGUCUGUGCGCGUAUUGAAAGGAAAAACUCCCCCUCCCCAUAUCCAAUUGAAAAUCUGUGUUGCAGGAUUUGUGUACACAAAUCAGCUUUGUCUUGCAGUAGAGGACUGCGCGCAGAUACAAGGCCGGGGCUGGGCCUUUUUGGUGUUGGCGCCUCGCAAGGGGGACUCAUCUUCUGCACGCCGUACAGCAUUACAAAUUGCCCGCAAAACCCGGCGCAGUAUCUGGCUUUGCCUUCUUGCAAUACGCAGGCGAUUUGUGUCCGCAAAUCAGCAUCACAAAUUUUCCGAAGUGUGUCUUUUCAGUAACGGGGAGGAGGGAUUUUUCCUUGCGAUAGCGCGUCCCGCUUGACGACGGAGGCGGUGACUUUUUUGGUUCUUCGCAUUUCACUAAGUACACGUACACGAAGGAAGCCCUGUUCCCGCCCGAAAGGCCGAUGCAGUAUUUGCUCGAAACUGGCAUCCAGGAGAAACUGGUCAUGCCGAAGUUCUGCACCACGGGCGUGAACACCGUGUUUCUAUGCAUUGCAAAAGUAUCGUGCUCAUACUCGUAGUAAUUGCAUUUAUGCAUGACAAAUCUUUUUCUUAAGGCAAAUCAGCAUGACGAAUUCCAUUUGUAACGCAGGGCCAAUUUGUAUUGCAAUUCAUACUAGUACGAUACAGAUACUUUUGCAAUUUAUACUUUCCCUCGCCUGACGAUGGCGUGAGUCACACCUCAAUUCUACGCGGCGAAUACAACGACUUCGAAGGUACUUACCGCCGUAACCGGUUCCGGCCACCGGUUUUCGCCGUGUCGGAUUUGAUAUGCAGUGCAAAAGUCUCGUACUCGUAUAUAAAAUGCAUUACAAAUUUUCCCAGCAUGGCAAAUAAGAUUUGUAAUGCGGAUUCACGUUGAGGAGAACAUUUGUAAUGCAUGAUUGCAAUUACUACGAGCGCGACGCUUUUGCAAUGCAUAUUUGAUCAACAAAUAUGCGCGGGAGUUUGCCUUUCUCCCGGACAACCGCCAUAUUGAGAAGAAAAAUCCCCGCUUCCCCUCUCGAAAAGGCAUGUUUCCGAAAAUUUGUCUUGCUGAUUUGAGACCACAAAUCACGUCUGUCUUGCAUGAAGACAAGUGCAGAGGCUUCUGCGCCAUUAUGGAAGUUUGGCAUGCUGUUGGGCCCAGAGGGCAGCCGUUUGUAAUGCUAAGCAACUAGACCCAAACGCCCCGCCCUAGGCUGAGGAUCUGGCUGGAAAGCCGUAUCGCAAGACAGCGCGCAUUUGUGUACGGAGAUCCAGCAUCAGAAACUUCGUCUCGAUAUGGGGACGAGGGGGGAUUCUUCCUUCUGAUACGCCAGAAGACGUAUUUCGCGGGAGCGUAUAAACUCAGCCUAGCGCUGCUCAACCGGGGAGUCCAGUUGAUGGCGGAGUGGUUUGAGCACCUGGAGGAAUUCUCCAUUACAGCGGUGUGCCCCGGGUGGUGCCGAACAAGGUUAGGAAGUGGCGAAGCGACGCGGUCCCCGCAGGAGGGGGCGGAGAGCAUCUGUGCGGCAUUGUUUCUACUCGGGGAGGAGUUGGUGCAGGCCGCGAAGGUGAGUGGGGGUGAGAAGCCGAGGACCAGUGCUGGGGUACUAGCUUCGUCUAGUGCUGGAAUGAAUUCGAAGAAUGUCAAGGUGAUUCAAAACUACAUUAUGUUAGACGAUUUGUACGAGCCGCCGGCGAGAAAUUGUUGUACUGCAGCAGCAGCUUGUGAUGCCAUUGCGCAGCUGAAAGGAGGACCAGCAGCACAGGAGCUUCUUGCAAUACAAGAGGAUCUCCGCGCAUCAGGAACAUCGAGCACGGGACGAGGUGGGUCCUCGUCAACUAGAUCCAGUGGGACUCUCGACCCAACUGCACCUACCGCGCAGCAGCUGCAAGGCCGGAACUUGUUUCCCUCGUGUAGUAGCACCGUACUAAACCGUGACUCUGGAAGGAGUAACGGGAGCUCAACAACAGUUGGGGGUGGGAGCUCUUCGAGUAGCAGUUCUAGUUCUGCAGCGGGUGGUGCUGUGGGGUUGAAUGGAAGAUCCUCAUCCGCUUCAGCUGCUUCUUCGACUUCCAGAGCUACAGUGCAAGCAAAUGCUUUACCAUCUUCGUCCUCCGCUCUUGUUUCCUUCAACCCCUUUGACAUAUCAGGUAAUAAGAACAAGAAAGGAAAUAGCACCACGACGACGAGCAAGAAGCUCCUGGAUCAAGGUGGGAUGAAUAAAAACAGCUCAUCAUGGGGUGACCCUACGGACAACGAAACAGAUUCUGAUGGUGUGUCGCAACUACAGAAAACUAUCUCCUUCGCAGACGCCUCGGAGAUGCAGAUACCGGUUUUGGAAAGAGAGUGGAAGCAGCACUGGCUAGAGUUUAAAAAGAAGUUUCAUGGAAAGUUAUCCAGGGACGGGAAAGAAUUGAACUACUACGGGCUCACGAAUGCGUGGUGAAGAGGAUGAGGAACGGAAAAGAGGCUCGCGUGUUGAUGAGUUUAGGUGGCUGUUUUAUGCGCGAACUUUAUACAGUGAUCACUUUGAUGGCGAGUACACGAAUUUCUGCACAGAGCUUCAUACCGGAGAAAUCAAGCUUUUCCUGCACAGAUUAGGAUGAAAAUCUUCAGC